UGUGUAUAUAAGGAAGAGUGGAAGUCAUUCAGUCAUUCAGAGCGAAACACCAAGAGACGAAACACUUCAAACAGAUACAUUUGUACGAAACCUUUAAAAUCAAGAAGAAUUUUACCACAGCGAAGAACCGUCCAAAUCAAAAUGCAAGACCACGUAAAAAAACAAAUAUCGACAAAAACAAAUAUCGACAAGAAAUGCCGAAGAAAUCAACGAAAACGUCCUCCAACGUUCCCUGUGGAUCUCCAAGUAAGACUACAGUCUUCUUCAAGUCCGAUGGACAGGGAAACGAUAACUAAACGGUUAAAAAAACUUAUGAAAAACCAAGACAUUAAUGCAGUGACCACAUCAGGAGUGACCGUACUGACACAGUGCGCGUUAGACGGAAUCCUGGACACGAUUAAAAUCCUCGUGGAACUAGGAGCUGAUGUCAAUAAAAGAGACUAUUUCGGUUGGACUGCGCUUCACUACGCUGCGAGUGAGGGCUAUGUAGAGAUCUGCCGAUAUUUAUUACAGCAUGGGGCGAACACAAGAAUCGAAGACGAUGAAGGAAAGCUACCAGUCGAGGUUACGGACGAUGAUGAAAUCUUAAGGUUGCUGCUGAGAGCUACUAUGAUGCUAAGUCUACCUCCCAUGGACUCUAAUACUUCGAUACAUAGCUUCUAAAGAAAGCGGCACACACCAAAGAGUACAUAAUACCAUUUAGUACAAUGUGGACAACAAAGCGGGUCCGAAAGUAAGAAGAUGAAUUAUUUAUUUCUAUCUAGACAUUGAGGGAUUAUAAUGUUAUCACAGAGAUAGCGUCAAACUGUAGACUAUCGGCUGCGCCGGAUUUAUUAGCAUCGAUAACUAUGAAGAGAGUUUAAAAUAAUGAUAAAAGAUUGCAAAUAUUCACCAAAUUGUAAAUACUCCCAAAUCACAAUACGUUUAUUUUCUAUAAAUGUACGCGAAAGUUGAAAACAAAAUAAAAUUUUUUUCUUUAUGAAA